AAAGCUACAGAAAUAAGAAAUUAAUUUAGGGUUUUUCUUGUGAAUGCUAUAACUUUGCAAAGAAAAGUCUUAUAAAGCUGGGAGACGGCUCAUUUUAAUCAGAAGUUUGCGGGCUAUAAUCAUGCCUUAUUAAGAAAGGUUCGAGUUAUAUUUUAGAGUUUCUGGAAAACUGGUUUUCGAGAAAACCAGGUCUUCGAAGGGCUAAGGCCAAUUCCCAUGAUCAUAUUCGUAAUCAGCAUGGUCGAUAACCUAUAACCCACUAGAUUCCAAGCAAAAAGCGUUUAAUCACCUCGAAAGGUUCUCUCAUCAGCUGCAGGUCUGUGGAUUGAGACUAAGAUAUUGGAUAUUUCGGAGGGAGUGUCUGCGUUUCCAGGAAACUGAUGUGAACUUUGAACGUACAAUUUGUGCAGCAUUUGUAAAAAGUGUUAAUCACUUUUGCUGUGUUGAUUGAUCAUUUUGCAUGCUGUUUAGAUUCGAGAAGAAGUUCCUUUAACACCUGAAAUUAUUGCACAAUCAUUGUCAUUAUUAGCAAAAACUGGAAAAAAUCUUACAGAUAUCAGUCGGUUAGAAACAUUUGUGCAUCUACGUCUUAUCGAUUUAUCUAAUAAUCGAUUACGAAAUGUAUCGUCAUUACAACCCCUAAAAUUUGUAUUAACGUUAAAACUCGAUUUUAAUGAGUUGUCAAUAUUCGAUCUGCCACCAUUUCCCUAUUUACAGACAUUGAGUCUUAGUAAUAAUCGUCUACAAACCAUAGCUGGAAUUGAACAUCACUGCUUAGAAUCACUUAAUCUUAAUCAUAAUAAAAUUGUCAGUUGUACGGGACUUGACGAAAGUAGACUACCAAAUUUAACCACGCUUGAAUUAAGAGAAAAUCAUAUUCAUACAACGAAAGGCAUUUCGUUACCGAAUCUAAAAAGUCUAUUUGCGGCAGCAAAUAACAUAUCAAAAUUAGAAGAUAUUGAAAAACUGACCCGUUUAACCACGUUACAUCUUCGGGAUAAUAAAAUAUCAAAUCUGGAUGGUUUUAGUUCAGAUAUGAAACAACUGCAGUAUAUUAAUUUAAAGUAAAUAAGUUAAAAAUAAACAAAGAAUCUUUUAUUAUCUGUUAAAAAAAUAAAUGACCCAUGGAAUUUUGAAUGGUGCUAACUAGAGAGACGGAGCUUUUAGAUCUGAAAAGAGAACCUUAAGAAGCACCCUUUUAUAAGCGAAAACGUUUAUAGAGAGUUUUUCAAAGAUCGGUUUUUCGAGGAAUAUCUGAAAAGCUCUUGCAUAAUAGAAAAAUUUAAAAUACCAAGCUAUUGAUUUUUUUAUAUCAGUAGAUAAAUGAAAGUGUCCUCUUCAAAAUGCAAACGAAGUGACCUCUUAACCUUUCGUGGUUGAGGUGUGGCAUCGGAUUUACUGAGAGCACCAGGAUCGAUAUUCGCUUAGGUGUGGCAAUCCCGAAAAUGAAUGGAAAUAUAGGUUAUCGAUCACGCUGAGUCUUGUGACAGCACUUGUUUUUCGAAAAACAUUCAAAAACUAGUGAAAAUCUAUACUAGGUGCAAUAACCCAUUCAUACUACACUCAUAUAUGGGAUCUCAUUGAGCCAAUCAUCAGAUUUUUGACUUUUUUGG